GGAAGGCGCAGCGGCCGCGUCCCAGAUCGCGGCUCCGAGCGAGAUGUCGGAGGGUGCGGGGAGCGCUCCGCCGCAGCCCGCGGCGAGGAGGAAAAAAAGCAUCUCCAUCGAGGACAAAAUCGACAUCAUCAGCGCCGUGGAGGGCGGCGAGAGGAAGGCAGACGUCGCGGCUAAGUACGGCAUAAAGAAGAACUCCUUGUCCUCCAUCCUGAAGAACAAAGACAAACUGCUGGAAGCCUUUGAGUCGCUGCGGUUUGAUCCCAAGAGGAAGAGGCUGAGGACCGCGUCGCACAGCGACCUGGAGGAGGCGCUGGUGAGGUGGUACCGGGUGGCGCAGCGCCUGGCGGUGCCGGUGAGCGGCGCCAUGCUGCGCCUCAAGGCCAAUGACUUCGCCCAGAAGCUCGGGCACAGCGAGUUCAGGUGCAGCAAUGGGUGGUUGGACCGCUUCAAGUCGAGGAACGGGCUGGUGUUCAGAGCCCAGCCCGCAGAAACAGCCGCCGCCGCGCUGGGAGCACCCGCGCUUUGCUACCGCGACGUUCUUCCUCACUGUUUGAAUGAUUAUCAGCCCAAAAAUGUGUUUUAUCUACAGGAGACGGGCUUGUUGUAUCAGAUGUUACCGCGAAACACGUUUGCGUUCAAAGGGGAAACUUGUUCUGUAGGUCAGCUAAGCACAGAGAGGAUAACAGUGGUGCUGGGCGCCAACGUGGAUGGCUCCGAGAAGCUUCCUUUGCUCGUUAUAGGGAAAAACAAAAGUCCACGUGCUUUCGAAGCUAUGAAGUUGCUACCCGUGGAUUACGAAGCAAAUGAUAUGGCAUGGAUGACUUUGGAAGUGUUUGAACACUGGCUGCGUAAACUCGAUGACAGAUUCCAAGCGCAGCAUCGACGCGUAGUUAUCCUUGUUGAUUCUCUCCCAGCUCACGCAGAAGUGGAGAACCUAAAGUCUGUCAAAUUGGUGUUCUCUCCUUCAGACUCUUCUUCAUGUGCAGCUACGAAACGAGGGGCUAUCAGAAGUCUAAAGGUUAGAUACAGGUGCUGUCUUAUCAAGAGAUUUAUUGACUGUGUGCAAGGUAAUAAAGAGUUUAUGCUGACUCUCCUUGAUGCAGUUGAGAUGUUGCACCUCUGCUGGAAGAAAGUAACACCAGAGGCUGUUGUAAAAAGCUAUGAUGAGACAGGAUUUGAAUUAGAAACUAAGGCAAAUGGUAAUGAUGCACAGGUUGAAAAUGAAUUUGAUUGGAUUGCACAUGCGCAGGCAGCUGGAGUGGAGUUUCCAGAAGGUUUAUCUUUGGAGGAAUAUGCAACUCUAGAUGAUGACUUGGUAACAUGUGAAAUGACCGUAAAUAGUGAAAGGAUGUGUGCUGAAGAAAGCACAUCAGAUGAAGCUGGAAUGUUUGUUAGUGAUGAAGAUGAGGAUAAAGGUGAUCGAUUUCAGGGAGCUGAACAGCCUUUGCCAUCCAAAAAUGAGGCCUUGCAUGCUUUAGACACCCUUCGGAAGUUUCUCAGAAGUCAGGACACGAAUGAUUCUCUUCAUGACUCCCUCACAGACCUGGAGAAUUUUAUUCAACGUGUAGCAUCUAAAUAAAUAUUUUAGCUAAGUGUGAAAGCAUGUAAUUGAAAUAAAAGGAAUUCUGUAAGGGAAAAAAACCCACCAGGCAGUUUAAUAGCAAGUGUUGCUGCAAUGUUCCCUAGUGUGCCUAAAUGUGCUCUAGUGUGCCUAAAUGUACAUAACAAAAGAAAUUUGAAAUUAUGAAAUAGGGCUGUGAAGUGAUGUCUUCCAAAAAAUCAAGAGGAAAGAAUACAAAAUUUGGAGUGGGGAGAGGAAAUAAGUUGAACAUUCAAAGUCAUGACUGUAGUAAGCACAGUGAAGGCAAAAGCCAUUAUUUGAGCAGGUUCCAUGCAUUCAGGAUGAAUUGGUGCCCACUUGGCAUUAUUUCUUCAGGAAGCGUUUAGUAUUUCACAUCCAUAACUUCACCGAUGUCUUUAAUAUUGUUGACAGUGGAACAGUAAAUAUUUAUCAGCUUGGUGAUUUUGAUACUUAAAAGAAAAAUAAUAACACAGAAAACACAUGCAUGAGUUCUGAGAACUAAGGAGGGGUUUAAAAUAUUUCUUUUCUUUUGUCUGUCUUCAAGAAUUCUGGCCACAGUUUACUCUUAUAGCAGAUGAUGAACAGCAGAAGGUUAGCAGCUUUGGGUGUGUUUUGUUUUCUUCAAGGUGCUUGUGUGUGGACUCACAUGAAUAGCAUAAUCAUUUAUCCAAGACUAAAAAGACAAACCUUUACUUCAUCUUUGAAGAGGACAAAAAGGAAGAUUGCUCACUUCCUUUAAGCUUCUUUGCUAUUUGGAUUUGAUGUAGUCCUUCUAUGCAACUCCAUGUAUUUCUACAGUAAAUACAGAUCCAACAUCAUCAUGUGCAAUAUCAGUAUUCAAAACCUUACUGAACUCAGGAUUUAUUUACUAUACUUGAAGGCUUUGCUGUAGGAGUCAAUGUAACAAUGCAGUUCACUGUUAUAGGUACCAUUACCCAUGGUGCUCUUUGCAUGAAAUGCAGUGUGAACUGAGGAAAUCACUGUACGCUUAACGCAACAUCAAGUACAGGCUUCAAGCAAUGUAAUCACACUGGAGCCAAAAAUCUCAGUUUGUUUGAGACACACGGUUUGUAGCUUUUUUUCAAAACCUGUUUUAAAAAUUUUCCGUAUCUACUGAUGUUAAAUUUUUUCAAAAGUUAGAGAUUUCUCUUUUAGAGGAAGAAUAAAAUAUUUAUGAAACCUGUGUAAUGAAGAAUCUAUCAUGGCAUCUACAAGUCAACCAUGAGAAACAAUCUCUUGCUUACUUGAAUCUUCAGUUUUCAAUAAGAAAUUUAGCCAAAGCGUUGUUCUUUCAGGAGGCAGAUAGUUUAUUAAUUUCUAAAAUAAUUUCAAAAACUGUAUCAAAUUGUUGGAAAAGAGUGAAAAUAUGGGGGGAGGGGGAAGAGGGGUAAGGAAGUGCCUAUGGCUAAAACAUACAAAUGUUUUACUAGAACCCCUACAAAAAUAAACCCCACAAACCUCUAGUUUCUUAUUAUGCAGUAUCUGAUGUGAAUUCCAACUAAAGGAUAUUUCGAUGAAAUAAGAAAUAUCUGUUGAAAUUCCAAUAAAGUCCCACAGAGAGAUUUAUAGAUUCUGUGAAAGGGGUACACCUCUGUAUUAUUUCUAUUAACUAUUUUGUUAAAAUACAGAUGCAAAGUCUUUUAAAUUCUGAAGCUGUGUCAAAUAAAUCAAUGCAUUUUACUUGCUUAAAUACUUUAGAACAAGCUUGUGAAAAGUACUUUUUUUUUUUUUUGGCUAAGCUUGUUUGCAAUUCAGAAAAGCAGCCCUGCAGAGAGGGACCUAUGUGUCCUGGUGGGUGAGAAACUGGAUGUGAGACAGAAAUGUGUGCUUGCAGCCCAGAAGGCAAAUCAUAUCCUGCACUACAUCAAAAGAAGCAUGUCCAGCCGGUCGAGGGAGGGGAUUCUGCCCCUCUGCUGUGGUGAGACCCCAUCUGGAAUAUUGCAUCCAGCUCUGCAGCCCUCAGCACAGGACAGACAUGGACCUGCUGGAGCGGGUCCAGAGGAGGACCAGAAAAAUGACCAGAGGGAUGGAACACCUCUCCUAUGAAGAAAGGCUGAGAGACUUGAGAUUGUUCAGCUUGGAGAAAAAAGACUCCAAGGAGACCUUAUUGCAGCCUUUUAGUACUUAAAGGGGGCUUAUAAGAAAGAUGGCGGAAAAUGUUUGAGCAGGGCCUGUGGCAAUAGGACAAGGGGUAAUGAUUCUAAACUAAAAAAGAAGUUUAGAGUAGAUUAGGAAAAUUUUUUCCACUAGUUGCCCAGUGAGGUGGUAGAUGCCUCAUCCAAAGUGGGGACACCUAGUGGAAGGUGUUCAUGCCCAUGGCAGGGAAGUUGAAUCUAGAUGAUCUUUAAGAUCCCUUCCAACCCAAACCAUUCUAUGAUUCUAUGGUCCUAUGAUUCUGUUCUAUGAAACAUUCAAGGUCAGGGUGGAUGGGGCUUUGUGCAACCCGAUGGAGUUGAAAAUGCCCCUGUUCACUGCAUGGGGGUUGAACUGGAUGACCUUCACGGUCUCUUCCAACCCCAAACCAUUCUAUGAUUUUACAGAAAUUUCACAGGGAUGGAUAAUUUUCUUAUAGCAAUCUUUAAAAACUAAUUUUUGUUUUUUUCUUUAUAACAGCUCGUCCUACUAAAAGCAAGUUUAGGAAAAAUUUUAUAAUAUCCAUAUAGUAAAUCUGUGUGCUCUUUAAGAUGCAGCUCCAUGUGGACCUUGUUAGCCUGGGAGCCAGUAAGGAAACUCCGUUUCCUUCAAAGAGAAUUCUCAAUGUGAAGUGUUGGAUCUGAGUGAGAAAGAGUUGCAUAAGUAAUCAGCAUAUCUUGGUUAAACCAGGGCUCCAUCUACAAAUGUAGUGUUUGCAAGAUGAGGCUUAGAAAAUCAAGUGAUAGGAAAUAUCAUCAUUAACUCAUAGCAAAGGAACUAAAUUACUGAGUGCUGUACUCCCUCAUGAAAACAACAGGAUGAAUUUACUUCUUUGGCCUGGACUUUGAAGGUGGAACUUGCUUUGAAAAACAUACAACCCAUUGAAAUCCUGUAUCUUUAGAGAAUAUGUGAAUUAUUCCUAGCCUCCUAGUCCAUUCUGAGAAACCGAGCUAAAAUGCACUCACUGAACUGGUUUUUUUUUUUUAGGUCAGAUGCUUCGUAUUCUAAUGCUAUAGCUUUCAAAAUUAUUUAGGAGCCCAAAUAUUUCUUUUCACUUGGAUUUUGGUCAUAUUUAUUGUCAAACAGAGGACAUAAAAUCCAUUAUAACUCUUGUUGCUAUUUCAGAUGUUUUUUCAUAGGGAAAUGCAGACUCCUUGGAUCUGAAAUGGUAGCGGUGUUUUGGCAUGAAGUAAGUGAGGUCACUUUCAGUUACCCAAAGUGAUUUGAUACUGUGAACUGAAAAUAUAAAGUUUAAGAAAUAUAAUCAACAUGUGACAUUUUGAUAGCUAAGUAAUCGAGGGAGUAAGUUGACCAUUUCUCAUUAUUUAGAAUCAUAGAAUUGGUUGGGUUGGAAGGGACCUUAAAGAUCAUCUAGGUCCAACCCCCUUGCGACGGGCAGGGACACCUCCCACCAGACCAGGCUGCCCAAGGCCCCAUCCAACCUGGCCUUGAACACCUCCAGGGAUGGGGCAGCUUCCCUGGGAAACCUGUGCCAGUGCCUCUCUACCCUUAUAGUGAAGAAAUUCUUCCUUAUGUGUGGUCUAGUCUUCCUUAUGUCUAGUCUAAAGUGCAGAUCUUGAGAAUGAUAGUCUCAAACACGCAGAACUUUUAGUGGCUUUAAAUUGUAACUGCAAUAUUUUCUUAAAUUUAAAUUAAAUAAUAACAUGAAAAUACUAGUAAAACAACUUCAAGAUUUUUUUUGGUGGUUGCAUUCAUUGAAAUGGUAGACUGAAUAUUGGCCUGCUCAACAGUUAGCUAAAAGAUGUGGUGGCUGGGCAACCAUGGCAUGCAAUGAUAGGGUUUCACAGUAUUUUCUCCCUUUAACAUAAAUAGAAGCUGGUGGUUCUUAUUUUGGGAAAGCAGUUGUUAAAGGAAGGCUUUGCAAAGUUCUUUUUGGGAACUGAAUGGUGCUAGCACCAGAGAAAAGUUUUUGUAUUUAAGCAAGGAAGUCAGGAUUUUUAUCUAGAUGUUUUAAUAUGCCUCUUUUGAGAGUUUCUUCCUUGAAAACCCAGUCAGUCCAUCAGCAAACAAAUCUACUUGACAUUUUUGCAUUGUGAUAAGUGGCACUUCUAUCAAUACAUUCAUUAACAACAGAAAAAUAUUUGCAUCAGAUGAAAAGAUAACAAUUUUAUGUCUGACAGCCUGUUUUUACACAUAGCUUUUGUAUUGGUAAAGCAGCGUUGUAUAGACAUGUGAUUCCCUUUUACUGAUGUAGCUGCACUGUGGUAUAACCACUCCAUUGUUUUACAGGAUUAGUAAUUCAAGUGUAGCUCAUUGCCCUUCUUGCUAGUAUAGUUACUCCAUUUGAGAUGUAUUUUCUCUCUUACAACUGUAGCUGUUUAACUGCAUUGAUCUCAUUAAAACCAUACAGCUUCUGAGUUAAGGCAGAGUGGAAGAACCAGUAACGUCUUGCUAACUUUUCCAUAGCUUUGUCACCUCAGCUGUUUGAGUAGAAUGCGAAAGUGUAAAUUAUACAUUACUAUGAUCGGUAAAGUGAAUGAAUACCACAGUGAAUUACCAGAUCUGCUGAAUGAGAAGAUGUCACAUUUACAGUUGUUUUUAAAAUGCCUUAUUGUACUUUCAAUAUUUGAGCUGAACACCCUUUUCUUCCUAGGCUUUCAUGCUACCCUACCUCUGGCACACCUUCCCAGCCUUGUGUGUGAAUGGGAACAAGUGGAACAGGUCAAUCCCUCCCCUGCACACGUAGCUACAAUCCGUGCAAAUUGUCAUCCAAUACACCGGUUGUCAGCCACAUCAUCGGGAAGUUGAUCUCCAGAUCUGGUUUUCACCCUCCACUUAUGCUUCAUGUUGCUUUGUGUGCCUGUGUGAGCGCUUGGUUGUAAUCACCAGGGUUGUGACUCAUCUGUCUAAGAAGUUUAUGGUUCAAUAGGGUGGUGCAACCUCACCCCAAAUGCUAAAUGCAACACCAUUCAUAGUAUAUUGAAAGGCUACUUAAAAACUGUGCAGGACCCAGGAUUGCCAAUAAAGACAUCCCUGGAGGGUGGUAAGAGGCUUCAUCUCUCCUGGCCCCGACUCAGCAGCAAAGCUGAAGACCUCUGCCUUCUGGAGAAGUCUUUGCCAAACUCUCACUAUUCAAGAAGGAUAACUAGUUGCUGGAUUUCUCAUCUGGAGUCAUCCACUUCUCUUGAGAGAUGUGCUGUAGGACUGCCGCCAUAUCACGCGUACAAGGAAACAAUUUACUGCUUUUCUUUUAGCAGUGUUGGUGCCUCAUACUUCUAAGCUGUAUAAAUAAUGAAAUAUGUUAUUUUACUAUUCAAAUUUUUAUUUCUUUCCUCUUCCUUCUUUUUUUUUCAUCCAUUGCCUUCUAUCACUUUGUAUUUAUUGUUAUGCUGUUAAUUCUAGUGUUAACAUUAGGAUCGUUGGCACAACCUUCUGGCAAGCUAUUUUCCACCUUACUCUCCCUAUUUCUAAUAUUAUCUUUUACAGGUGGUAUUUUUUUAAUCAUGUCACAUAUCAGCUGGUAUCACCCUCUUGGAAUAUGUGCUCGUGAUCUCAAGCCCUAAUUUCUCCAUUGCUUUAUUUAGUGGCUUCCCAAAUUCUUGCUUCAUUUAGCCAAGAACAUUUAGUACAUCAAUACUUGUUUUUGUCUUUUCUUUUUUGUAGAGGAGGGUGAGCAGUGUUUCCUCUAUUAGUCACCCGGGAUGUCUGAGAGAACUGGUAAUAAAACAGGUAUUCUUUCUCUCCUUUCAGGUGUCUUCAUUUCUUCCUUCUGUCAGUGGUCCCUUCUGAUCUGUACUUUUGAGAUUCUCAGUUUGACAUUUAGUAUCUUCAUCUAAACCAUUCUCUUUUCUCUUUCAUCUCUCACCCUUAUCUGCCUGUAUAGCAUCCUUGCCACAGUUCCGUUUUACAUUUCCAGUUCUAAAUGUCAUACCCCUAACCUCAGCUCUUUGGAUCUCUUUUUACUGGCCCCAUUUAAUCUUCAAACUACAUUUCAAACUCAC